AUGGAAGCAGAUCAAUCCUCGAUUCCAACUCGGACCUCGGUUCCUGAUAUGGAAGCACCCCAUGUCCUCAUCUUCCCCUUCCCCACCCCGGGCCAUGUCCGGCCACUCUUUUUGCUUGCUGCCGCUCUUGCGUCCCGUGGCGUCCGCAUAACCAUCCUUGCCCUCCCCUCCCUCCCCUCUCUCUCUUCCUUCUUUUCCUCUGCAUCCUCUUCCUCACUCCCCAUCUCCUCUGUAACUCAUCCUUGGCCUCCCCCAUACCCCCACUGCUCUCAUCUCCGACAUAUUCCUUGGCUUUACAGAAUCCGUUGCUCGCUCGCUCGCUCGCUCUCCAUCCCCCGCCUCACCUUCUACACCUGCAGCGCCUUCGUCAUCUCCAUUCUGCAUUCCUUGUGGCUCAAUGACACUCCGGAGCCCGAGCCCAUUAAAUCCAUCACGGAGGCCCACGGUCCCAUCCCCUGCUCUGCCCGAUUAACGAUCUCAGACAUCCCAGGUGCCCCUACUUUCCCCUUUGGUCACCUCUCUCUCCUAUUUCGAACCUACAAAAAGCAAGCCCAAAAGGCCGCGCAGUCUGGCGAACAUGACCCUGCUUGGGUUUCAGUCAGGGAGUGCUUCCUUUCCAACAUCUCUAGCUAUGGCAGCGUGUUCAACUCGUUCAUGGAAGCAGAAGCCGAAUACUUGCUACACUUGAAGUCAUCGAGGAGCGGCGGAAACAUCUGGGCAGUUGGCCCUGUGCACCUCCUCCCUCAGGUACAAACAGUGACCGCGAGGAGCUGGGCAGAGGAAUGGCUCGAGGGUCACGCAAAAGGCUCGGUCAUCUAUGUGUGCUUCGGCACGCAGGCCACGCUGAGCAGUCAACAAGUGGACACAAUUGCAGAGGGGCUCAAAGCCAGUGGGGUACCAUUCCUCUGGGCAAUGCCAGAGGAAUGGUUGGUGCCUUCAGAACUCGAGCUCGAGCGGGCACACACUUUGCUGUCACCUGUGGUUGCUGCACAAGCUCGCAUCUUGGGCCAUGGGGCAGUGGCUGCGUUCCUUACACACUGUGGCUGGAACUCAAUGCUGGAGGGCCUCGUGGCCGGAGUUCCAAUGGUUGGUUUGCCCAUGGGCGCCGAUCAAUACCUCAAUGCACGACUGUUAGUCGAUGGGCUGGGGGCCGGCACAAUGGCAUGCGACUACGGCACUGUGCUGAACCCAGGUUCAUUGGCUCGAGCCGUGACUCUGGUUAUGGAGCCCGGGUCCAAAGAAAGGGCUCGAGCCAGGGCUUGUCGAGCCCUGGUCCCAGGAGGUAGCUCGAGGGCCCAAUUGGAGAACUUGGUGGAGGAUUUGCAAAGGCUUCAUGCUUCUGGGGUCUAG